AUGAUAAUAAUGUUAAUUUUUUUAAGGCCCCGAUGUGAUAUGAACAAUUUUCUGAAUUGUUCAGGAGAAAAAGAUAUUAUAUCUUCUACUUAUUUUAAAAGAAGAGAUGACAAUAUGUAUAUAUUAUGUCGUAUAUUGAAUGAUCAAAGAGAUAUUGAAAUAACUCAUAUUGCAGAUAUGUUACAUUAUAAUAAAAAAAAUGAUGCUUAUAUGAGAAAAGAACAUAAUUUAUUAGAAGAACAAAAUAAUGUAUCAUAUAACCCACUCAAUAGUUAUACAUAUAAAAAGAAAAAAUAUAUAUUAUAUGAGAAACCCAAAAAAAAAAAGGAACAAUUAACCCAUAAUAUAAAAUAUGAAAAUAUGUCACAUAAUGAUCAUAUGUCAAAUAACAUAUUGUGGAAGAACUCUCGUCCAUAUAACAAAUCUAAUACUCUUAAUGAAGAUGAAAAGAAUAUUUUAUGUUUGUCUAAACAAUGCAAUCAAAAAAAUGUAAUUAAUGAUUUUAAUUAUGAUGAAUUCUUAAAAAAUGAGGAAAAAACAAAAAAAAAAAAAAAAAAUAUAUAUUAUAUAUAUAAGAAAAAAAAUAAUAAUAAUAAAAUAAAUGAAAUUAAUUCAGUACAACAUUUUAAUGUUAAAAAAAAUAUAUUAAGUGAAAAAAAAAAGAAUCCACUAAAUGAUAACUUAAAAAACAAAAAAAAAAUUGGGCAAAUUAAAUUUCAUAUUGUUGGUUAUGAUAAAAAAAAAAUAAAGAAUUAUCUCACACCCUCUAUGAUUAGUUCAAUUAAAAAGAAUUUAAAGAACAAAAAUAAAAAAAUGAGUGAGGAUGUAAAUAUGGAUAAGUCCAUUGGGGGUGUCUUGCCAUUUUUUCCAAGUAAAGAAAAAAUAAAACAUAAAAGAUAUUUAUAUGGGGAAUAUUUCAUGCGCUCGUCGCCAAAUAAAGAGAACAUAAAAAUGGAUACAAAUAAGAAUAAUAAAGAAGAGUCUAUAAUAAAUGAAAAACUUUUAAAAAAUUUACAAAACAUAUCUUUGAGUAGUAGAAUAAAAGACAUUCAAGUGGAAGAAGGAAGUGAAAGAAAAAUAAAAGAAGAAGAUAAUAAUAUAAAAGAGCAAGGUAAUUCAUUUAAAAAAUAUUUUAAAGGUGUUGUAAAAUUAUAUGUGGAUAUAACAGAGCCUAGCCUUGAAAUGAUAUGGCAAAACAAUCCACCUAAAAGCAUAACAGGAUCUGGGUUUAUUAUUGAGGGUCAUUUAAUUUUAACGAAUGCUCACAAUAUUUCUUAUAGUACCAGGAUAUUAAUAAGAAAGCACGGAAAUUCUGGAAAAUAUGAGUCGAAGAUUUUAUUCGUUGCUCAUGAUGUCGAUAUAGCAAUCCUAACUGUUGAAGAUAAAACAUUUUUUGAUGAUGUGUAUGCUCUUCAUUUUGGACCUCUGCCUUCCUUAAAAGAUGAAAUUAUAACUAUGGGGUAUCCAUCAGGGGGUGAUAAGUUAAGUGUAACAGAAGGAAUUGUAAGUAGAAUAGACGUGCAGUAUUACAAACAUUCAAAUUAUAAAUUUUUAUUAACCCAAAUAGAUGCACCUCUGAACCCAGGAAAUAGCGGAGGGCCAGCUCUUGUCAAAGAAAAAGUUGUAGGUAUUUGUUUUCAAUCCUAUAAAGCUUCUAAUAAUAUUUCAUACAUUAUACCCAGCACUAUAAUUAGUCACGUUCUUUUAGAUAUACAUAAAAAUAAAAAAUAUACUGGAUAUGUUUUCUUGGGUGUCAAGUACGAACCUCUAGAAAACCCUUAUCUGCGUGAAGCCUUAGGGUUAGCAGAAUUAGAAAGAAAAAAAAUAAUAAAACAAAAUGUUGGAAUAUUGAUAACGGAGGUAUUUGAAGGUCAUAUGAGUAAACAACAAGGUAAACAUUAUAAUGUGGGUGAUAAAUAUGAUUAUAUGGGUGAUAAAUAUGAUUAUAUGGGUGAUAAAUAUAAUUAUUUGGGUGAUAAAUAUAAUUAUAUGGGUGAUAAAUAUAAUUAUAUGGGUGAUGACCAUAGGGAUACCCCUGAGAUGGAUGCAUCCUGCACAUAUAUUUUAAACAAUAUUAGGAGUGAUAAAAAAAAAAUAUAUAAUAAUAAUAAUAGUAAUAAUAAUAAUAAUAAUAGUGAUAAUAAUGAUUAUAUGUGUGGUGAGGAUACAAAUCGUUUGUAUGGUUUAAAAAUCAAUGAUAUAAUUCUAAGCGUAGAUGAUAAACAGAUUAACAACGAUGGGACGGUCAUCUUAAGGGACGAAGAAACUGUAGGCUUCGAAUAUUUAUUUAAUAAUAAAUUUAUAAAUGAUAUAUGUAAUAUUAAAAUAGUAAGAAAUAAGAAAAUAAAAAUAAUUAUAAUAAAAUUAUAUAAAGUAGAAUAUUUAUUAAAACAACAUAACUGGGAUAAACGAAAUAAAUAUUUUAUAUAUGGUGGAAUAGUUUUUUCUAUAUUAACAAGAAGUUUAUAUUUGUAUGCACAAAAUGCAGAGAUUGAUAGAUUAUUAUUAUAUAAUCAUUUUAAAAAAAAAAGUAGAGAUGAAAUAGUUAUAUUAAAAAAUAUAUUACCAACAAAAAUAACAACAGGAUAUUAUUACACUAAUUCUAUUGUGCUUAGAGUAAAUAAUAUAAUUGUAAAAAAUUUAAAACAUUUUAUUCAAUUAAUUGAAAUGAUAAAAUAUACACACAAACCUAAAUACUUAACCAAAAAUAAAUAUACUCUUCAAAACUUUAAAAAUUAUUAUAAUAAAAAUAUAACAUCAUUAGAAAUAAAUAAAAUUAUUCAUAUUUUAAUUUUAACAACCUCUGGUCAGCAAGUACCGAUAGUAUUAAAUAAAAGAGACGUUGAAAAAUAUUCGGAAGAAAUUAAAAAGAUUUAUUCUAUAACAAGUGAUAGAUAUGUAUACUAG